UGCUAUUUAUUUGAGAUAUCAGAAAACGACUAGCCGUUACUGACUCUACUGGUUUCGACGACGAUGAUGCUGAAGCCGAGGCUCGGAGCUUGUCUAUCUUCACUAUUAUUCACUGGCGAACACGGCGUCGUUUCAGUCUCUUCAAAGCUCAGGGCUGUAUGUUGCAUACAAAGACUGGCCAAUUUCCAAUUAGAAGGCAUUCAGAGCCUUAGGCGGUCCUUCUAUAGUUCCUCGGGUGAGGAUGAUGACUUUGCAGAAUUAGGCUCACCAGUGGUACGAAGUCUAGGUACACUUAAGAAAUUGAAGACAGAAAAGCCAGAACCUUUUAGGAAAAAUGAGCACGCAAAAAGAUCUUCAUCUGGCAAGUCUUUGCGUUCAGAAGCCAGCCCCAGCCUGAAGGAUAACUCUACAAAACUUGUAAACUCUUCUCUAGCUCUUCGUCUCAAGCUAGACAACCUUGACAAUGUUUCUAGUAAUCCUAACAAUGUAAAUGCUUCUAACUUCAAUAGUUCAAGCUCUAUUUCUGUUGAGAAAAUACCUUCCUCAGUCAGCCUUUCCCAGUUGAAAGAGGCACUUUCAACUUUUGGGAAGAUCUCUAAGGCUUCCAUGAGAAGUAAACCAAAAAAACGUGGUUGCUGCUACAUCCAAUUUGAGAGUGUGGAAUCUUGCGAGAGAGCAAUAUCUGCUGGUGUAAUUGCAAUUAAUAGCUACAUUCUACCUAUUCAUCCUCUGCUUGUUGAAGACAAUGUCACCUUUAGCAUUAGCAACAUCAGCUCAGAGACCGCUGAUUCAACAAUACAUUCUAUAUGCAUGUCAUAUGGUCCUUUGGAAGGGCUUGUAAGGACAAAAAAGGGUGUGGUGGAUGCCUUGUUUGGUGUGAAAAACAACUCAGACUUACAGAGCAUACUUGAAAAAUUGAACCAUACAAUAAUGGAUGACUGCAACUGGACAGCUUGUUUAAAUCUUAGAGACUCUGCGACUGAAGUGAUGUCCAAUAACAAUGAUAAUCAGUGCGAUUUGGGGAUGCAAAUCAGCAAUCAUUUAGCUGACUUGAAAAAGGAAAUGUCAAUUAUGAAGGUUCACUUAUCAAACAAAACUAUGAAGGUUCAUGCAGAUGACUUGCAGAAUCUGCAUCAUGUCAUAUUGCACCUUGAAGCUCCCCUUGCUGCAGAGAGAGAAGUUCCCAAUAUUGAUUGAGUUAUACAUUUUAACAUUAGGUAUUUUCUGCUUUACAAAAGGCUUUAAUGAAAAUUUAGAAGAUUAUUAUGAAGAGUUGAAUGCUAAUUUUGGCUGUAAGUCUUUGAUGUCUGAUUUUGACAAUCAUGGACACUCGUACUUGUAUUUGUACUCCCUGCCGAACUCAUAUUGCUUCAAAUCAUACUAUGAUUUUUAUUUCAAAUGUAUACAUUUC